UGACUUCAAUAUUAUCUAAACAACCAUCCAUACAUAAUGGUAAAAUUUACCCAGAUAAAUGAUUAGGAUCAGUUUAAUUGUCAUAUCCUUUGUGAAAUCACACUGAGUCAUUGUGUUUUCUAGUUUUAAAUAUACUUUUUCUAAAAAUGUCAGUAAAGGUUCUUGUUAAUAAAUGCGAAAACUUCUGUGCCAAACAGAUAACACAAUUUAUGGUUAUCGGUUUUGUGAACAAUGGAUAGGGCCAUCAUCAACACAUUUUAAUUAAGAAGAUCGAGUAGGAUCAAGAAUAUAAGACCAUCCAUGAAUGGGGUAAACAUUUAGGGCAGUGAGAAAAAGUAUUCAUUGAAUUUUAUUGAGAUAUGUGAUCAUUACCAAGUAAUUGUUUGUGAUAGCUUAAACUGUGAAAGGUUAUGCAGGAACAUCUCAUAGUGAGAUGUAAUUAGCAUUUCUGCUAGGUUACAUAUCCAUCCGAAUACAGUAUGAUAUACAAGCAAGAAAUCUUUAUUUUGAUUUCUAUCAUCAUUGGCUUUCUAAAAAAUGGAUUUUACUGUGAAGAUACUCCAGAACCAGAUCUAAUAACGAACGAACUUAUUGUCGAUGAGAGCUUCAUAGAAUACGCUAAUGAGAGCCUCAGUAAACCUCAGAAUUUAACCAUCGGGGAAAUAACAGAUACAUCAAUGGAGCUAAAAUGGAUCAAACCUAAGACUUCAAAUCCAAACCAGGUGUUGGAAUAUCAAAUUUAUUACAUUCACAACAAUUAUACCAACUGCAAAAAGCAUUCAACACCUGCCCUAGAAGUGACCUUCAAUUUAACCAAUUUAGAACCUUUUGCCCAGUACAAGGUUUUUGUGAAAGCUUCUUCCAACAACCACGAUGGAUUGCCCAGUGACGCUGUCAUUAGGCAAACAGAUGUCAGCGGACCAGGACCUCCUGUGAUACUGAAUGCUACUUGCGCUACUCCCUCCACUCUGGUCGUCUACUGGCAGCAUCCUCCAUCCUUCAACAAAACAGUGGACGUCUACAUCAUCGCCUACCGUGAGGAGAACUCGUACACAUUCAGCAACAUCACAGUGAAGCCAUGCAACAAUACUUGCAAAGAAAACAAGGCUGAAAUAUACAACCUAACCAGUGAAAUGUAUGAAAUCAAGAUAAGAGGGGCCACACGCAGCAUUUAUGGUGAAGAUAAGGAAGUAGUGGGACGAGCCUCAGAGUCCCGUAAGGUUCCCAUGAUCAACUGUGGUGUGAGAGACAGUCAUUAUGUGGUCAUGGAAGGCCUCAAUGCUGGAAUCAUUGCCGGGAUUGUCUGUGUUUGCUUUGCUCUUUUAUUGGCCAUAGUUGCCUUUAUCAUUUGGAGAAACUGCUUGCAUGCGGCCUACUACUACCUAGAGGAUGCUCCUGCCCUGCCUCAAACCAGUGUUACGGACUGGGACAGCAGAGAUCCUGAGUCUACUGUUCCUCUCAACCAGUUUGCCAGCCACGUUGCCUCACUGCAUGCUGAUGGCGACAUAGGCUUCAGCAAGGAAUACGAAGCCAUUCAAGCUGUCGCUAACCACAACGAGUUCACCACAGAGUUUUCACAACACUCUGAAAACAAACUGAAGAAUAGAUAUCUCAACAUACUGGCUUAUGAUCACAGUAGAGUGAAACUGUUGCCGAUCCCAGGCCAAAGCAAGUGGAGUGAUUAUAUAAAUGCUAACUACAUAGAUGGGUUCCAGCGAGCCAAUGCCUACAUAGGCACACAGGGUCCGUUACCAUGCACCUUUGAUGCCUUCUGGAGAAUGAUUUGGGAACAAGGAGUUGCCAUCAUUGUCAUGAUUACAAACCUGGUUGAAAGAGGCAGGAGGAAAUGUGAUAUGUAUUGGCCGAAAGAAGGAACAGAGGUUUAUGGAUCAAUACAUGUAAAACUAAUCAAAGAAGAUAUUUUAGCCAUGUAUACUGUGCGGACAUUGCAAAUUACUCAUGCUAAGGCAAAACGAAAAAAACACGGAGGUAACGAGCGACUCGUUUACCAGUACCAUUACACCAACUGGCCUGAUCAUGGGACACCAGAUCAUCCUCUGCCAAUAUUGAGCUUCGUAAAAAAAUCUUCCGCUUCAAAUCCUUCUGAUGGUGGUCCUAUAGUUGUUCAUUGUAGCGCUGGUGUCGGUCGCACUGGUACUUACAUCGUGCUAGAUUCCAUGUUGAAACAAAUCUAUUUCAAGAAUGAAGUGAAUGUAUAUGGGUUCCUCAGACACAUUCGAACCCAACGUAGUUUCCUGGUACAGACUGAGGAGCAAUAUAUCUUUAUCCACGAUGCUUUGUUGGAAGCCAUAACAUGUAGCGAAUCAAGCCUUAGCCCUGAUACUUUGUCUCAUCUACUCAAAACAGCUGCUUUGCCCGAUCGAAGUCAUGAGCAUUGGAAAAGACUUGAAGUACAUUUUCAGGCUUUAACCGCAUUUCAACCAAAAGACUAUAAUUUAAUAUCAGCUAAUAAAACCUGCAAUAAGCCGAAGAACAGGAGUCAACAGUUUGUUCCAGUUGAAUGUUCAAGAGUUCAUCUAACUCCAAAACCUGGGGUUGAAGGCAGUGAUUAUAUCAAUGCAUCUUGGUGUUUGGGAUUCAAGAAACUGAGAGAGUUUAUUAUCACCCAGCAUCCGCUGACCUCCACUGUUCUAGACUUCUGGCAGAUGGUGUGGGACCACAAUGCUCAAACUGUCGUCUUGUUAUCCCCCAUCACCCCAGAUUCUGAGGAAUAUUGCGUCUUCUGGCCUGCUGAUGGGGAGAGUCUAGAUGGAGAGAACUUCAAGGUCAAGUUGAUAGAGGAGAGUGAGCUUGACAACACUGUGUCCAGGGAUUUGACCGUCCAGUCACUUCAGGAUGACUAUGAGUUGACUGUCCGGAUAAUUCAGUCCCCCGUAGUGGAACCUCUGACUGAUCUGCCGGCACUGUUCAAGUUGCUCAACACUGUACAAGAGUGGCACCUCGAGUACCAGAACGGCCCUAUUGUCGUCAUCGAUCGAUAUGGAGGCACUGAAGCAGCAACAUUUUGCAGCUUAGCAACACUUGUGAAACAGCUAGAUUAUGAGAAUAAUGCAGAUGUUUGCAUGUAUGCAAAGCUUUACCACAACCGUAGAGCUGGGGUUUGGCAGACGAUGGACAACUAUCUACUGCUUUACCAAGCCCUUGAAGUCUUAUCAGCCAGUAAAGGAGUCUCUUUAAUCUCCUCUUCUAGUCCAAAUCACCUUCAGCCCAACGGCUACACCAGUACCAACACCGGUGCUUCCUAGUUAAUAAGUCUUCAAGUCAAAUGCUAAAAACAAUCUUUACCGUUAAGGUUCAGAUCUAUAUUACUCCGGCUGAAAAUAUUUAAAUUGUGAAAAAUAUCUAGCUUUACAUUCAAUUGCUACAUUUCUAAGAAAUUUCAGUUAUGAUUUCAAAGUGGCAGUAUUGGAGAAAAAAUUGUAUAACCAAACUACAUCUGUUUAUUCCCAUUUUAUAUGUGCAUCAUUUUAAUGUGAAAAAAUGGUUUAAUAAACUACUUAGUUUAAUUUUAGCUCAAACUUUCCUUCAAAAUCUUUUUGAAAAAAAUGUUGAAUUAAUUUUAUCAACAUUUUUCAAUUGUGGUUAAAACUUAUUAUUUUCAUCACCUUUAUUUAAUGUUUAGAAUUUAGUAAUGGUAAAAAUAAGGUUUGUUACAAUAUUGGUACAGUCGUUCUAUAACAUAUUGGGUUUUAGAAUGUUUGUAUCUACCCAAAGAUUUGUUUGCAAACAAACAAAAUGGCCAGAUUUGGCAAAUCAUAUUGUUAAAUUUAAAUGGUUCAACAUUACCCAAAUGUUGUAAAUUUGUGAUUUUUUAUUUGUUUUUCUUGAAAGAUCAAAUCUGAGUACAAUUUAAUCGAGGCUUUUGACUACCUAUUUAUUUACAGGGUAGGUUUAAAAUUUGUUCCCAAUUUAGUAUGUAUCCCAUCUCAAUUCCACUUGAAGUCUUUAAGGCCAAUGUUUUUCUUACUAGUCACAGAAAGUUUAAAAUCAUUGGUAAAAUGCUGAGAUAAAAUAGUUUAUAACAUUGAAGCCAAAUUCAACAUAUUUUGUUGGAGUUAAAUAAUAUGAAAUAAGUAUGCAUGGCCUAUAGCAACUAACAUUUUUUUGUGAAACAAACAAAAUUACCUUUUCUCUUUCUAGUCCCAAAAGCUUCAGUCCACAAAAAUAUUAGAGUCAAAAAUAUUUUAUGGGGACAAAAUUUAGACUAACCCUGAAUUUUUAUAAGUUUUUAACCUGUAUAUAUAAUAAUUUAUAAGAUCAUAUUGCAUUAAGAACAAAUGUUAAUUGUAUGUUUAGGCCCUAGUUUUAAACGUGUUACAGUUUCUUUAGUUUGAAACUUGAAAACUUGAAGUCAUAUUUGUUGAUUAUUGUGAUUAUCUUUUUCAUGAACAAAGAAUUUUUGUUUUAAUAGGAAAAAAUAAGUACUCUAACGUUUUCCACUAACAUAUAAUUCCAAACUGUUUGAAACCUUUAUACAUUUAUGUUACUUUUGUUAAAUUUUUGUGUGGACUGUCCAGAAAGGAACAAAUCAUGGUGAAGGGGCCAUCGUAAUGUGCACAUUCACUUUUUCCUCAGUGAACUUAGAUAAAUGAGCACUGCAAUUGAAAAUGUAUCCAGUUUUAAAUUCUAUGAAACAUUACACACAAAUUAAAGUUGUUGUCAGAUAUGAACGUGUAGUCGUGUAGCAAUGAAAAUUAUUAUUAAAUAGUCACAGAACGACAGCAGGAUUUUAGACUAAAAAUGUAAAAUGGAGAAAUUGUGUGAAUAUUGUUUGAUUACAAAAAUUGAAUGCAAUCGUUAUUGAACCAAUUUAAAAAUACUUCUGUAAGAAAACAUAUAAAUCUAGCCGGAAAAGUUUGGGAAAUCUGACACGAACAUGGAAUAAAAGUUGGUUAGCAAAAAAGGAAAAAAAUCAGGAUAGCAAUUAGGAGAUAGUAAAAACAUAGGGAGUAACCAAUUAACUCAUUACCCAAUUCCUUGGCCGAUUACACCUUUUUUUAUCAUCACAUAAGCCCC